CCGUGGCGGCCGCCAGGGGGGGCGCAAGGCGCGAGGACACGCGGGGCGGUUGCCAGGAGACGGCGCGCGCGGCUCAUGGCGGCCCGCUACGGCGCGGGGCAGUACGAGGACGCCUUCAGCCCCCACCGCCUGCAGAACUGGAGCGUGCCCCGGACCGGCCGGCAGCGCCCCUCACUGCUGGAGGGCUCCACGCUGAUCAUCGCCGAUGACCGUGGGCACCUGCUCCCUGCUGUGCCCCGCUCUCAGGCCUCCCCAUGGGGCAGGUUUGUGGGGACCUGGGAGAUGCCACCGAGGAUUCCCCCAGCCAGGCUGGACCUGACCUCCCGUUCAGCCGCCGCUGCUGCGCGGCUCACUGACUGGAUCCGCCAACCCACCGCCCUGACCCGCGCCAGCAACGGCCUCCGGACACGGAUCACUGGGAAGCCCCAGGAGCCUCGGUCAGAUGUGCAAACCACCAAGGAGCCCUCCCGAAGGAGCAGUCAGGCAUCCAGCGAGGGGAUCCAGCCUGCCGGGGCCUCUCCCAGGGCGCUGCUAGAGGAGCCGCCUGGCCCCAGAGCAGGAGCCACGGCAUCGCUCUCCUGCAAGCCCAGCUGCACGGAGGUCCGGCUGAAGGCAGGCACAGCCCCCGAGCCCCCAGCUGCGAGCCAGCCUUGCUCCUGGCAGGACAAGCGUGGGGGACAAACGCCGUGCUCCCAGCAGCCUGCUGUGACAGACCUCCAACAUGGGGACACUGGCUCGCCCAACAUCCCAGCCUCCAUCCACCCCACUCCAAGGGAGACCAGCCCUCGGACAGCCACCUCGCCGCAGGUCUCCGCUCCCAGCCGAGGGGGUUCCGCAGAGGCUGAGCCCCGUGGGGGGCAGAGCCCCCAGGCUCAAGGCUUCACCUCCCGUGGGAUGGAGGAGGGAGGAAGCGCCGCAGGCGUGAUGGCCAGGCAGCUCUGAGCUGGCAUUGCUCUCCUCCCUUCCCCUUGCCAGCUCUCCCAGCCCCUCCUGCAAACCAUCCACCCCUUGGGACAUGCAGACAAACAGAAACCGCCUUCCUACCCCGAAAAACACAUCAAAGACGCCUGAGCAAGGCCAACAGCAGGACAGCACCACACAGCCCGCACUUGUGUUUUGAUGGCAAUUGGAAAAAUACAGGGUUUAAAAAAAAAAAAUAAAAAUCCCUGUGUUUGGUUUCAGUAGCUCAGGGCAGAGCCCCAGACAGGUUUGAGCUGCAUGAAUCUGCGUGGUGCUUCAGAGUCGGACACAGUGCUCCCUCUGGUCUGUAUCUCAGCUCGUCCCAUUUAAUGGUGGUUCAUGCUGGAAACAUGGGACCAGCCGCAGGCCUGGAGCCGCUCACAGCUCAUGUGGCCUCUCCCUGCACCAAGCAGCAGAAACCCUGCCACUGCAGGUUGGUUUCAUCCAUUCCCCGACCGGUCUCUCGUGGGGGGUGAGGGGCUGGUCUGGCUUCGUUUCCCAUCUGCCCCAGCCCCUGCUUGCAGAAGGGAAAUAAAGCCUGUGAAGCGCAGCUGAGACACACAGCGAAGUCUAACUUCAUUAGCAGCUGGCACGCACCACAGAAUAGCUCAUUAGCAAGCAGAAGUGGGUUCCAAAUAAAAGCCAUUUCAGCAACUGCAGGAUGUAAUUGGUUUAAAGCUAAAAUACAUUCAUUUUCACCCAGGAGAACUUCUCUCCUGCUGGGGCACGCAGC